GAGUGACGUGCGAGCUUUGUCCAGAGGACUUUGCAUUUCCACAUCAGAGGCAUAAGGCAGGUAUGGUUUAUUUGGCAAGGACUGGCAAAUUGCUUGUCUUAGGAAGCAGCUCAUUAAACUGUCUCAUUGAGCGUACAGCAGAGAAUAGAGGACCAGAGAGCUGGAAACCAAACUGCAGCACUUGGACCACCCAGGCUAUUAUAAAAAAAAAAUGAGCUUACAUCCAGAUUUUGAGCAGAGGACUGGACUAAGUGUAUGCAUUGUACACAGCUCUGGGAGCCUUAUUAUGAGUAGAUAGAUAAGCACAGAGCUUGCUAAGAGCCGGGGAUCCUACAGAGCAGAACUGCAGAGCUGCAGCGCUUGUGUCUUAGGAAGGAUGUGCAGAGGACGAGGAGAUGCGAUGCUUCCUACCUUCUGCCGCGCUUACUGUCCCAGCUAUGCAGCUUCUUCUAGCUGUAUUCCAUUAGCUCCACCGUCAGUGGUGAGAACCAGUAAACUCCACCAAGUCUCCAGAGAGGACAACGCGGGGGGCUAGAGCAGGACACCUUCUCAUGGGGAGACAGAUGUCCCGCUGGAGUGUCCCAGUGGGCACUGUGGCGUUCCUUCUAGCACCUGGACAGUGCUGAAGAAGAACAAGAAGAACAAGAAGACAUCUGGUGUCCAUGAAGAUGCUCAUGAACAGGACUCACUUACAAGAAGCUCAGCAGAGAAGGGAGCAGAUGACAAGACAGGUGGUCACUGGAAGUCUUCUGUCCCUACUGAUCUGCUGGACCCUUUUUGGUAACAUCUUGGUGUGCACUGCGGUGAUGAGAUUCAGGCACCUGAGGAACAGGGUAACUAACAUUUUUAUUGUAUCUCUGGCAGUCUCAGAUCUACUUGUUGCCCUGUUGGUGAUGCCUUGGAAAGCUGUAGCUGAAGUGGCUGGCCACUGGCCAUUUGGAACCUUUUGUGACAUAUGGGUGGCCUUUGACAUCAUGUGCUCCACAGCAUCUAUCCUAAAUCUGUGUGUGAUCAGUGUGGACAGAUACUGGGCUAUUUCAAGCCCCUUUAGGUACGAGAGGAAGAUGACCCAAAAAGUGGCUAUGUUGAUGAUCAGUGCUGCUUGGACUCUCUCUGUGUUGAUUUCCUUCAUUCCAGUCCAGCUGAACUGGCACAAAAACAAAAUAGACAGCCACACUCUGGACAACCACACAAAGGUGGUGGACUGUGACUCUAGCUUAAACAGGACGUAUGCCAUCUCAUCUUCUUUGAUCAGCUUUUACAUUCCUGUAGCUAUCAUGAUUGUGACCUAUACACGGAUUUAUAGGAUUGCACAGAUCCAAAUUAGGAGGAUCUCCACUUUGGAAAGAGCUGCAGAACAUGCUCAAAGUUGUAGGAGCAACAGAGUGGACUGUAGACACCAUCACAGCUUGAAGACGUCUAUCAAGAAAGAGACCAAAGUUCUAAAGACAUUGUCCAUCAUUAUGGGGGUGUUUGUUUGUUGCUGGUUACCUUUUUUCAUCUUAAACUGCAUGGUCCCUUUUUGUGACAGGUCCUCUGGCCACCCCAAGGUGGGUCUUCCUUGUGUAAGUGAGACCACAUUUGACAUAUUUGUCUGGUUUGGCUGGGCAAACUCUUCCCUGAACCCUAUCAUCUAUGCUUUCAAUGCAGACUUUCGAAAGGUCUUCUCCAGCCUACUUGGAUGCGGUGGAAAUUGGUGUUCCACCACUCCUGUCGAGACGGUCAACAUCAGCAAUGAGCUAAUCUCCUAUAACCAAGACACUAUUUUUCACAAAGAUAUUGUUACAGCUUACGUCAACAUGAUUCCCAAUGUGGUGGAUUGCAUGGACGAUAAUGAGGAAACAUUUGAUCGAAUGUCCCAAAUCUCCCAAACCUCUGCCAACAAUGAGCUGGCCACAGGUUCAGUAUGCGACCUGGACUGUGAUACAGAUAUCUCAUUACACAAAAUAACACCUUCCAUGCCCAAUGGUUUACAUUAAACUCUGUGAUUACACUAAUUAUUUAGUUGUUCUAGGGGAAAUUCUGAAUGAGGGUCUUAUUUACUAAACAGCAGAAUUUUAGACUAUGUUUUGAUUUUAAUUCACCACUAAGUUGCAUUGUUUUAUAUUCCUAAACUUACCUGAAAUGAGUCACACAGCAGAGACACAUACACACACAGACUCUCCCACACCCACACACACUUUCUGUUUUCUGUGCACAUAAAAAUAAACCCAUCCAUUAAUCCAUCCAUCCCACUCUAUAUAUCCAAACACAUACAUAUAGUACACACAUCUAUUAUAUUUAAUAUGUAAACAUCCAUACAAUAUUAUUCACUGUGCAUCCUUAUACAGUAACGGAAUUUACACUCACUGGAAGCUUGUGAACAAAAACAACAAAGAACAAUCACAUAUGAGAUUAUUUAAAAACGUCCCUGCUAAUACUAUAACAUUUGUUUCAAACACUGUAUGUAGAUCAAAGAGAAUAUUAGCAGGACCGGACAGUGAAAACACAUCUC